UGUAUGUGUAAAAUACUCAUACAUUUCACAAAUCUCCUGUCUUACACGAUACGCAGUAUAUGAAGAAUGAGGGUGUGUAAUAUCUGGCUGCUGGAGGUUCUGUGUAUCUUAUCAACCAUAAUGAUUGUCAACACAUCAGUUAACACCAGUCGUAAGCCAACUGUCAAAAUCACCACUCAAAGUUCAAUAUUCGAUGCUGCAUUACUAAGUGGUAAGGUAGUAGAUGGCUGUACACAACAAAACUUCAGCCAAAAGUGUUGUUCACACACACAAAUAGGUCAACAAGAGGCAUGGUGGCAAGUAGAUCUAGAGGGACCGAUCGUUAUGGAAUACGUCAAAAUAUACUACAGAGGUUGUCCAUUUGGGAGAUAUGGUGAUGGUAAUUGUGAUUCAGAGUGUGAUGCAGGGUGUGGCAAUGACCUGUGUGAUCCAGUGACCGGAAAAUGUGCAUGUAAUUACAUAUAGCUAAGGAUAUCAAUACUGGAAAAAAGUGCAACAUGUCAUUUGCCUGUGGAACGAAAGAAAACAAAUCGGUUUAUCAUUUUUUUUUUUCUA